GCUGGUCACUGGCAGUCUUCAGGACAGGACACAAACACUGAAGAUCCACUGAGAGAAAAGUGGGCGAUGUUGCAGCAAGGAUCUUGUUUAUGGACAUUGUGGGAAGGCUGUUGACAAAGUCCAGACGGAUUGUAGGUAUUUUCAAGCUGGAACACUGAGGUAGUGUGAUCGCCGCAGUAUCUUUAUAUCACUUCUGAAAGGAAUACAAAAAUGUCGUCUCCAAGUCCGGGCAAGAGGCGAAUGGAUACCGACGUGGUGAAACUCAUUGAGAGCAAGCAUGAGGUCACCAUCCUUAGUGGACUGAAUGAGUUUGUGGUGAAGUUCCACGGACCACCUGGAUCGUCGUAUGAAGGAGGUGUGUGGAAGGUCAGAGUGGACCUGCCAGAUAAAUACCCCUUCAAAUCACCAUCAAUAGGAUUCAUGAAUAAAAUCUUUCAUCCCAACAUUGAUGAAGCGUCAGGAACCGUGUGUUUAGAUGUCAUUAACCAGACAUGGACAGCUCUCUACGACCUCACCAACAUCUUUGAGUCGUUCCUCCCUCAGCUGCUUGCCUAUCCCAACCCCAUCGAUCCUCUGAACGGGGACGCAGCUGCCAUGUACUUGCACCGGCCGGAGGAUUAUAAACACAAGAUCAAAGAGUACAUCCAGAAGUAUGCCACAGAGGAGGCUCUAAAGGAGCAGGAGGAGGGAGGGGGCGACUCCUCCUCCGAGAGCUCCAUGUCAGACUUUUCGGAGGACGAGGCUCAGGACAUGGAGUUGUAGUGAACGGGGAGCUCUUGCCCCCUUCGCCUCACAGCAGACAGUCAUUUCCUAAAGAACAGAAACUCAGUACUAUAUUCAUAUUUAAACAAGACAAUUUUUUUACAGCAACACAAGGAUUUUUAUUGCUACACAAGGAUUUGCAGUAUGAUAUUGCAGAAUAUUAACCCUUACUACUUUCACCCUCCUCUUCGCCCUCGAGAGCCUGUUUAGAUCAGAAAGGAGUGCAUCAUUCAUUUCCACGAUCUUUUGGUGGCUUCAAUCAAGGCUUUCACACUGCUCGUCCAGACUGAGGACGGAGGACUGACAUAACAUGCUCAAGUUCUUUUGUUGUUGUUGUCUUUUAGUAAACAUUUUACUGAAUCAUUGGGCAUCUCUCCAUCGCAGACAGAGGACUGCAGGAUGACAAUCCACCAUUUCUGAGCGGUCUCAACUUAAAAAAUCAGAAGAGCGUGGAUUUCUCUUUUCACCUUUUCAUUUUUUUUUUGACUCCGCCGCCCCAAGGAGUUGCCAUUACAAUCAUCACUUCAGAGGAGCUGAAGACCAGAGGGCCACAGUGCGGUCAUGUGUUGAUCGUGUACAGACUGCUGGGGCUGCAGACGUCCUCUCUGACAGAACUGCCCUCUGUGCGAACCUGCUGACACGUCACACACACCAUCAAACAACCAAUGCAUCAACCACGACAACGCCACAGCGUGUGUGUGUGUGUGAUCCAGGGAGAAUCAUGGCGUAUUGAAAACCUGUGUUGUACUGACCCCUGAGGAGAAAUCAUAAGAGAAGGCUCAACAUUCUGAUGCUUCUCCUCUUCAACACCCGUCUCCUCCUCUUCCUCUCCGUUUUAGGAAAGUGUUUGUCAUUCUCUGAGUAUCUUUGUAUAUUGUGGCAUGACACAGAAGUAAAGUUGUGUAGGGCUUUGUGGAGCUGUAGAAAUGGGGAGGACGCCCGUGCGCAGGGCCUCUGUGAGCCGGGCGGGGUUUGGUGGUGAUUAUCCAGGUCCUUGUUGAAUUGACUUAUUAACUUUGCCUAUUGCUUGUGUUGAACUAUAUUAGGUGUUUGACUUGCGUAGGGAUAGUUAGUUUUUUUUUGUUGCGGGUGGUGACUCCUAUCAUAAUGUAUUGUUUAAUACUUAUAUAACACACUAGUUAAAAGACUAAUUGUCCUGUAAAGAUGGAGGAGAAUUAAUAGAUAUUUGUCUGUGGGAUGACUCCCCACCUGCACCCCAUUCUUAUGCAAAUGUGUCCAUCAAAGAUGAUUUACGUUGUCAGACAGAAGUGCUCUUUGUUUCAGCCAUUCAACACUGUCGCAUUUACUUUUUCAUGCUGUUGAUGGUUGUUGUUUUCCAAAAUGGUGGGACCAAAAUCUAAUGUAUCUACAAGUUUAGUUUCAUAUAUAUACCCUCCAAAAAAACAAGGAAAUCCUCCUCAGACUGGGUUUGGUGAUAACCAGUUUUCACUGAGGUUAAGUGAGAAAAAAAAAAAAUAAUAAUAAUGUUCCUCAAAGUGUCAAACUCCAGAGUGGCAGUCUCGGAGUAGUUCAAAAUGAAAUUUGGGCACAGGUUUCUUAUUAUAAGUUUUGUUAUUCAGUUAAAAAGCUUCAGUUCUGGUUUAACCCUGGAGAGGUUCACACGCUUGUUUGCGCCCGUGCGGAGGAGGCGUUACCAGAGCCAUUGACAGUUUACUGUAAAAUUUCAUGAUGGUACACUGGCAUGUGUUUUCAGCGCAGGCUUGAAGCUUGAUGCAUGUUUGUAACACGCAUUCAUUGCAUUUCAGUUUGUAUUAUGUGUUAUUUCUGGAAG